ACGCGCGCACCGCUCAACUGGUGAUAUUUUAAUUGCCUUUUAUUCCUCUAGAUUUUUGUUUCUAUUAUUAAUUAAACUAUUUACUCAGUUAUUCAAGCAGAAUUGAAGCAGGAGGGGAACGUAGGCUAUGUCAUUUCUAUUCCACUUUCCAUUUUGGCUAUGAUAUGUGUUUGGGGAAAUUACGCACCGACUCUCCAGGAUUUGAGUCAUGGCAGAGGAGUGAGGCAGCUUUGCCAAAAUGCCUGUUAACUGGAAUAUAACUUUUCCACGGCGGUCCUAUGGAAUAUAGUCCGAUUCUACACAGUCUACAUGUUGUGCCAUCAUCCCACGUGAAAAACAAACUCUUUGUAUUCUGCAUAAUGCUCUCCCUUUGGGUGUACAUGAUAUAUUGUUGUGUUGGCUACUGCUCAACGAUGCCAAACCUGACCUACGGCUCGGUGAACAGACACGAGAACGAUGCAGAAGUUGACAAUCAGGAGUCCUCCUUAGGGGCGUCCAGGGACUUGCUGAAUAACGAGAACGAGUUGGACAGCAGAGGAGACGAGUGGGAUGAAAUUAGAGGCGAGGCGAAGGCGUUGGAUGAUAAUGCCAUGUCAGGUUUCCUCAAUGAGUCGGAAAGUAAAAAGUUGCCUCAAGCGAUCAUCAUCGGGGUGAAGAAAGGAGGAACCCGGGCGCUGCUGGAGUUUCUGCGCCUGCAUCCAGACAUCCGAGCGGUGGGAGCUGAGCCGCACUUCUUCGACCGCAACUACGACAAGGGACUGGACUGGUACAGGGAAUUAAUGCCAAAGUCAUCAGAAGGCCAGUUGACCAUGGAGAAGACCCCCAGCUACUAUGUCACCAAGGAGGUCCCUGCUCGAAUAUACACCAUGUCUAAAGACACUAAGCUGAUCGUGGUCGUCCGGGAUCCAGUCACACGAGCCAUCUCAGACUACACCCAGACGCGCUCCAAGAAGCCGGACAUCCCCUCUUUUGAGAGCUUGACCUUUAAGAACAUGUCAGCAGGUCUGAUUGACACCACAUGGAGCGCCGUUCAAAUUGGCAUGUAUGCCAAGCACCUUGAGCGCUGGCUACAGUACUUCCCCAUGGAGCAGCUGCUGUUUGUUAGUGGAGAGCGUCUCAUUACCGACCCUGCAGGUGAGAUGGCUCGAGUCCAGGAUUUUCUUGGACUCAAGAGGGUGGUAACAGAGAAGCAUUUCCACUUUAACCCAGCAAAAGGCUUCCCCUGCCUUAAGAGACCUGAGGGAAACAGCAAGCCACACUGCUUGGGUAAAACCAAAGGCAGGACCCAUCCUAAUAUCGACCCGGAGGUGGUGCAGAGGCUAAGGGACUUUUAUAAACCCUUUAAUAGCAAGUUUUACCACAUGACUGGUCAUGACUUUGGCUGGGACUAAGAGGAAAAUGAUGACAGACUCAUGUUGGUCCCUCGUCUGUGUUUUUAUAAUUUUAUCAUUCUGAAGAUAUUGUUAUACAGUGUAUGUACAGUAUUUGGUGGUGUAUAAAAAGCUCAAAAGUCUAUUUUAUGAUAAUUUAUUGUUAUGAUAUUAACUCACUUAGCUGCCUAACCAGGUUUAUUCAUGGUUUCAAUUCUCAUGACAUAAAUAAACAUUUUUCUAAAAGCACAGUGUUUUUACAGGAAUUAAAAGCAGGAUCGGGAAAGGAUUUUUUUUUUUUUGGGGGGGCGAGAUUCACCUUAAACUGAUUGAGAUCCAACUCAACAAACAACUGGUAAUAUCCCCUUAACAUUUGCCUGACCCUCAGAGGUCUGUGGGCCCACUUAGCCAGGUCGAUACAGGCCUCAGCUGAUCCAGUGCAACUCGCCAGGUGGAUCAAUACCAUAAUAGCUCCUCAUCAUGUCAAUUAGACCUGAGUGAUGGCACUGCCUGGAUCUCUCGAGAAUCUCAAUAAAACGUUGAUCCAUUAAUGGUAGUAAGUUUAUGGUUGACCCCUGAGCCAAAUUCAAGUUAAUAGACGAAUAUAAAUUUCCCUUGCAAUGUUCUGUCUGAGCCACUAUUUAUAUUGUUUCUACAAAGGAAUGUUGAUGACGAUCCAAUAGGGAGCCCGGUCACUACACUUUUUUUGGGGGGGUGUUUUUGCUGCUGCCCAAGCUUUAUAAUGCCUAAACACAAAAUAAAAAGCAGUCGCAUUUAUUGAUCUGUACCGAAAUUGCUCUCAUUGAUCACUCUGUGCAGCUAUUUCGCUGCAGGUGAUACUAGACGCGUUAAUUAUGCCCUUUCCCACGGUGCAUCAGCUGCUAGUGUGAAAAAUAGCGCCCGAGGAGAAUUAAAACUAACCUCAAAAAAAAUCCUAAUCUAAGUUUCAUUUAUGGUUGAGUUUUAUUCAGCCUGUAUAAACAUUCAUUUGUCAUCAUUCAUCGUCAUUCCAUAAUGAUGAGCUGCAACCCUGUUGUGGUCGAUCCACUAUUUGGCUGUAGGCUUUCCUUUUCAAACACAGAAAUGAAGCAGGUUUAACUGAGAUGUUUAUUAAAAAGUGCAGCCAUGUCAUUUUUAUGAAGUAAGAAAUAAAUCUGUUUUAUUAAAAUUAAA